GUAGGGGAAGUUAAGAAGAAGUGAGGGCCCAAGCCGCCGCAGGAAUCGAUCUCAGAACCAUGAAAACCAACGCAAGAUUUUAAGAGGUGUGAACAUACUUACUAAGAAUUUUUGCCGAUGCGGGCGGGUGGCGUACCCCGUAGAUCCGCCCCUGUUUGAAGGGCGUUCAACUUAGUAGCCUCUGUGAGUUUCUUUAGAGAAGCUAAAUACUUAUAACUGUUCUUGAUAUUUGUUCUUUAUUCAAUUCAUUGCACUUUAUUCUAUCAGAAAAUGGUACACGCAGUACUGUAGAGUGUUACGUAGAAACCCUUCAAAUUUGUUAGCUAUAGAGUUGGGAUAACUUUUCCUUUGUAUGAUUAUUUGGGUGCUCAACCUUUAGUUUUUACAUCAUGGGUUUUGGGUUAUUACCAAAAAAAUCUUCUUUCAACCAGAUAAAUGAAUUGGGUUUAUUUGAAAGGCAGAUUUUUUAUAGAAAAGAAAGAAGCUUUUGCAGAAAGUAUAUUGGUGCUUCUUCAGUAGUAUUAAUGGAAGAUUCUGAUUCUUGUUCAAAUGGUGAAAGUGAAAGCAGUAUGGAAAAUGAAGCAGUAGUUGUUCCAUUAAGAAAAAUGUAUAGUUGCAGAGGGCGAAAACUGUCCUCAGUUGUUGCAAGAAUAUGCAAGUCUUUGAGUUGGGAAGUUGCAAAAGAUAUUCCUUUUAGAAAAGCUAUGAGGAAAUAUGGCUUUUCUCGUUCGAUAAAUGCAUUUAAUAUGAUUAUUCAUAUUUUCGCGUACGCGAGGAUGCAUAUGGAAGUCCAUGCCUUGCUUAAAGACAUUGUUUUCUACUUUCAGAAGGCUGGUUUUGACUUGUAUAAGAUAUUCCAUCUUUCUACUCUGCACACACCAUAUUGUGCAACAACUUCGGUUUUCGUGUCUGAUGUACUUAUCAAGGUGUUUUCUGCGAAUAAAAUGCUUGACUGUGCAAUUGAUGUUGUCACACAGGCAAGGAAAUUUGGGCUUCAACCAAGUAUUUAUUCAUGUAAUUUUCUACUAAAAUGCUUGGCAGAAGCAAGUAUGAAGGAGCAUCUUCUAAAUUUAUUUGAAGAAAUGAAAAGCUUUGGGCCAUUGCCUAAUGUAAGGACCUACACAAUCCUGAUUAACUUUUACUGCAAAAUCUAUCAAGGGAUAGAAGAAGCCAAAAAGAUUCUUGAAGAAAUGCAGAAAAGACAGAUUAGUCCUUCUGCUGUUACAUAUAGUACAUACAUUGCUGGACUUUGUAGAGUUGGAGAGGCUGAUUUUGCUCUGGACUUCAUUCGGGAUCUCAGAGAUAACAACAAGCCACUGAAUUGUUGCUGCUACAAUGCUAUUAUUUGCAAAUUUUGUGCUACAGGUGAAGUAAAUAAAGCUUUAAGCAUUUUUGGCGAAAUGAAGAGUUUUGGAAUUAUACCAGAUAUCCAUAGCUACAGCAUUCUGAUUGAUGGAUUCUGCAAAAGCCAGAACGUCGAGAAAGCUAUAAAGUUAAUUGAGGUGAUGAAAGCUAAUAACAUAAAGCCUACCGUAGUCACUUAUAGCUCACUUCUUAACGGAUUCUGCAAAAUUGGAGCGAUGGAAAUAGCUAUUAAAAUGUUUUAUGAGCUUGAGAAUUCUGGAUACAAAUAUGAUCAGACUGCUUACAGUAUCUUAAUAAAUGGAUUUUGUGCUCAAGGAAAUCUCAUUUCAGCCUAUAAGCUACUGGUGGAGAUGAUCAACAAUAAUUUGGCUUCGGAUGAUUCACAUUAUAAGCGAUUAAUUCGUGGUUUCUGCCAGAUGGACUCCUCUAAUAAAAUGAAGUAUUUAAGUAUGAUGGUACAAGAAGGUAACUUGCCUGAUACCAUUACCUGCAAUUUCAUUGUCAAUUGGUACUGUACUGAAGGGAGUGUGACAGAAGCUUUGCAACUGAUUGAUAGAAUGGUAAACCAAUGCAUCACAUCAAAUAGGUAUCUCUAUAAUGCAGUCAUUAACAGGCUGUGCAAAGAUGGAAAACCAGAAAAGGCUUUGGAAGUAAUUCCAAUAAUGCUUAAAAGGAACGCAUUGCAUGUUGCAAGUUGUAACACUCUUAUUGAUGGUUUUGCGAAACAGUCCAAUUUAAAAAAGGCUUAUAUGUUGCAUGAGAAAAUGCAAAAACUUAGGAUUAGUCCUGACAUCAUCACGUGGACAAUUCUUGUGAACAUAUUAUGCAUGACAGGACAAGUGGGAAAAGCCAAUGAACUUCUUAGGGAUAUGAUUAUGAUGGGAUUGAAUCCUGAUACCAUCUCUUAUACCUCCAUGAUAGCUGGCUUUUGUAAAAAUGGAUAUGUGAAUGAGGCCUUCAAAUUGUUCAAGAAAAUGCCACAUAUGCCUUCUGUUGUUACUUAUAAUUGCCUCAUUGAUGGAUGCUGCAAGGUAAAUAGAGUGGAUAAGGCUUUAAUGUUGUAUCGGAGAAUGCAAAAAGAUGGGGUUACUCCAGACAUUGUCACGUGCACAAUUCUUAUUAAAGGAUUAUGCAAGAGGAGCAAAGUGGAAAAAGCCUAUAAACUUUUCAGGGAAAUGAGACCGGAUCCUGAUAAGGUCGCUUACACCUCCAUGAUCGACGGCUUAUGUAAAAUGAGAUAUGUGAGUGAGGCUUUCGAAUUGUUUAAGGAAAUGCCGGCGAAUAUGCCUUCUGUUGUUACCUAUACUUGCCUGAUUGAUGGAUUUUGCAAGGAAGGCCGAAUGGACAAGGCAGAAAUGUUGCUAGAUGAAAUGCGAAGACAGAAUGUGUCUCCUGAUGUCAAAACUUAUAACAUAAUGAUUUAUGGAUACAAAAGACGUGGACAAUUGGAUCUAGCUUAUGAUAUGUUUUGGGAGAUGAUAGACGAAGGUAUCUUGCCCGAUGAUGUUAUCUUCAAAACCCUUAGGGCUGAAACAGAUACCAUGAUGCCAAAAUAAGACGGAAUUUGCUAAGCUCAGUCCAUAACAUGAGCUGGCUUUUGCAUGAUAUCAGUGAAAGUUUUACCUGGUUCACGCAUCUCAUCAGUUUUUCUUUGGAAGUGCUAACUGACAUAAAACCUGAUGUGAGAGCUUUAAUGCUGUAAGUUGCUGAAAAAGUUAGAAGGUCAUUAUGCUACAACUUUACAGAACGUUUACGGAAUCCCAGAUGGGGAAGAGCUGGGUUCAAGCUUUGCUAAGCUGAGUUUGGCUUUGGAAGCCCAAUCAGCUGUCCGAUUGGACAUGAAAUUAGUUGCAGAUGUUGGGGCUUUAGCUGGAGAGGUCUCUAAUCUGGACCAAACUGUUCUAGAACUCAAAGAACAAUUGACUCAUUCCGGAGAAAAUCGAAGGGAUAAGACUCCUAUGCAACAUGAAGGUGAACCAUCUGAUGAAAGGUCACCAAGAGAGAAGAGCCCUGCCAGUUAUAACCAUCACAAUUGCAAUUUCUCGAGGUGGUCGAGGAUGGAAUUCUUGAGGUUCAAUGGUGAAGAUCUGAAGUCAUGGCUAUUCAAAAUUGAGCAAUUCUUUUCCAUGGAGAAGGUGCCUGCUGAAGAAAGAGUGGAGGUGGCUGCAAUGCAGUUAGAAGGUGAAGCUAUACAAUGGCAUCUAGUAUUUAUGAGGUAUAGACAAUAUCUCAAACCAGCUACAUGGACUGAGUAUGUGAUGGCAAUGAUGGAAAGAUUUGGAGUCGACUUUGAUGAUCCUAUGGAAGAAAUUAAGAAGAUUAGGCAAACUGGUACUGUCAAAGAGUACCAAGCUGUUUUUGAAAAAAACUCUCAAGAGUUAAUCUGUCACAAGAGAAUGCCAUCAAUUGUUUUCUUGGUGGACUGAAACAUGAGUUGAAUAUUGCAGUAAAACUCACCAAUCCCACUAUCUUAUCUCAGGUGUACAAAACUGCUAGGAUUCAAGAGGCUUAUUUAGCUGCUAUUAGACAACCUUCAUUAGUCAGCUAUACACCAAGCAAUGCUCCCAGAAAGAUCAUGGAUCAGAGAAAUAAUAACAGAUCACUGUUACCAACUCCUAGCCAAGGUAAUGUUGUGACUUCUAAAGGAUUCAGUAGAAGAACACUAAGUAUAGAAGAAAUGAAUGAGAAAAGGGCAAAGGGGUUGUGCUACUUCUGCAAUGAGAAGUAUGUACUUGGGCAUAAGUGUAAGAAUGCCAAGCAGAUAUAUGUAUUGGAGUUAGAGGGAAUGGAGGAGAAUCAUGACACAGAGGUGGAGGGUGAACUGAUACUGCAAGAAGAAGAGUUCAAUCAACUAGAACCAGCUCAACCCAUAGAGCAAAUGGAGAUUUUCAUCCAUGCUCUAAAUGGUUCUUUAGGCUACAGAACUCUGAAGGUGACCGGGUAUCAUGCUAAAAAGGCCUUGAAUAUACUGAUUGAUACGGGGAGUUCACAUAAUUUUAUAGAUCCUGAUUUGGUUCAUCACUUGGAAUGUAAGAUCAGAUCAACUACUCCUCAAAUGGUGGCUGCUGCUAAUGGAAAUAUGAUGGUGGACAGAAUGUGUACCAUCACAUGGUUGUUGCAAGGUGCUGAGUUUUCAGCUGAAUUCCUACUACUACCACUAGGCUCUUGUGGGGUAGUAUUAGCAGUGCAAUGGUUGCUGACUCUGGGAGAUAUAAAAAUGAAUUUCAAGAAGCUAACCAUGGAGUUUUGGUACAGAGGAAAAAAGCAUCUUCUGAGAGGAGCUGGCAAUCAAGUCAAGGUUCAAGAAGCUGGAAGGAUAGCCAAACAUACAGGUAACACUUCUCAGUUAUGUAUGAUUCAAGUAGUGCCUAUGGAGAGUGUUGGAGAACAGUGGCAUUCACAUAAGGCUAAAGAGGAACCUAAAACAGAUGUUAGACUAACUCAAUUGUUAUCUGAGUAUUCUAAAUUGUUUGAGGAACCUACUGAACUACCUCCUUCUAGAGGUGUAUUUGACUAUAGAAUUGUGUUGCAAAGUGGCACUGAACCUGUGAAUAAAAGACCCUAUAGGUAUCCUUCUGUGAAAAAGGAUAUCAUUGAGGGACUAGUACAAAAGAUGCUUGAUCAAGGCAUCAUACAACCUAGCUGUAGUCCCUUUGCAUCACCAGUGGUCUUGGUAGGGAAAAAGGAUGGUACAUGGAGACUGUGUGGACUAUAGAGAUCUGAACAAAACACUGUGAAGAACAAGUUUCCCAUUCCAAUUGUGGAAGACUUGUUAGAUGAAUUAGGGGGGUCCAGAAUCUUUUCUAAGAUAGACUUAAGGUCAGGCUACCAUCAACUUAGAAUGGCAAGGGGGGAUGUGCCCAAGACUGCUUUCAGAACUCACUCGGGUCAUUUUGAAUACCUGGUUAUGCCUUUUGGCCUCUCAAAUGCUCCUGCAACUUUCCAAGGAUUAAUGAACUCUGUCUUUCACAAGUUUCUUAGGAAACAUGUAUUGGUUUUCUUUGAUGAUAUCAUAAUCUACAGCAACACUAUGGAAGAUCAUUUGAUUCACCUAAAGAUCUGUCUUUGUGGAGAUGAUGAAGCAUCAAUUAUUUGCUAAAAGGAGCAAGUGCUUCUUUGGAGUCCACAAAAUUGAAUACCUAGGCCACUUUAUUACAGCUGAAGAGUCUCUACUGAUCCCCACAAAAUAGAAGCUGUGAGGAAUUGGCCUACACCAACCACUCUCAAACAGUUGAAAGGAUUUCUAGGCCUAGCUGGAUACUACAGGAGAUUUAUCAAAGGUUUUGGUGUGAUUUGCAAACCAUUAACUGAAUUAACCAAGAAGAACAAUUUCAAAUGGUCAACAAUUGCUGAUGCAACCUUUGUUGAACUGAAGGAGGCCCUUACUCAGGCACCUGUCUUAGCUUUUCCUGAUGCCAGCAAGGCAUUCAUUGUGGAGACUGAUGCAAGUGGCUCUGGGAUAGGAGCAAUGCUCAUGCAAGAAGGGCAUCCAAUAGCUUUUAUUAUCAAAGCUCUAUCACCUAGACAUGCUGCUUUAUCUGUCUAUGAUAGGGAGCUAUUAGCUGUUGUUCAUGCAGUUUCUAAAUGGUCACAAUAUCUGCUGGGAUAGAAGUUUAUUAUAAGGACUGAUCAGAAGGCUCUGAAGUUCCCUUAUGGAGCAGAAACUGCACACUAAUUCUCAACUGUUAUGGUUAACAAAAUUGAUGCCUUUUGACUACUCUAUAGAAUACAAGAAAGGAGUGGAGAAUAAAGUAGCUGAUGCCCUUUCGAGGGUCACUGGUGCUGAACUAUUAGCACUAAUGCUAUCACCUCAUGACACUGAUCUGUUCCAAAACAUAGUAUCCAGUUGGAAUUCAGAUUCUGAGUUUUAGCAACUUAUUGCAGAACUUCAACAUAAUCCUGAUACUCACAAACAGUACACCUGGACACAAGGCCAACUAAGGAGGAAGGGCAAACUGGUGAUUGGGAAAGUUCCAGAACUAAGAAGGGAAAUCAUGACAGCUUGGCAUGCUAGACCUCAAGGUGGUCACUCAGGGGUUGAAGCUACAUUAAGGAGGUUGGUGACAUUGUUUUACCGGAAGAUAUAAGGAAGGACAUAAAGGAAUUUGUCCAGAAAUGUGAUGUAUGUCAAAGGAACAAAUCAGACUUGGUUGCUUAUCCAGGCCUAUUGCAACCACUACCUAUACCAGAUGUAAUUUGGUCACAGAUCAACAUGGAUUUCAUUGAUGGGUUGCCCAAGUCAAAUGGAUGUGAAGUAAUCUUAGUAGUGGUAGACAUGCUAAGCAAAUAUGGUCAUUUCAUUCCACUCAAACAUCCUUACACUGCUCAGUUAGUUGCUAAGUUUUUUCUUGAUACAAUAGUUAAGCUACAUGGGAUGCCUGAUGCUAUUACAACUGAUAGAGAUGCUGUUUUCUUGAGUUCAUUCUGGCAGGAGCUAUUCACACUCCAAGGAGUACAGUUGCACACCUCAUCAGCCUAUUACCCUCAAUCUGAUGGGCAGACUGAGGUCCUGAAUAGAAGUCUUGAAACUUACUUGAGUUGCUACUGCAGUGAGGAUGCUAACAACUGGUUUUCCUAUUUACCAAUGGCUGAAUAUUGGUAUAACACUUGCUUCCAUUCUGCCAUUCAGACUACCCCUUAUGAAGCAUUAUAUGGCAGACCACCCCCCUUGCAUUUACCAUAUAUACCAGGAGAAUCAGCCUCUGCUGAAGUAUUGAUCAAUAGAGAACUCAAGCUAUUACUGCUUAAACAUCAUCUGAGAAGAGCACAACUUAGGAUGAAACAACAGGCAGAUUCUCAUAGAAGUGAUAGACAAUUUGAAGUUGGAGACUGGGUUUAUUUGAAGGUCCAACCAUACAAACAAGUAACUAUUUCAAAUCAUUCCUCACACAACUUAGCUGCAAAAUUUUAUGGUCCAUUUCAGAUUAUUAGAAGAAUUGGUCCAGUGGCCUAUACUCUAUUGCUACCUGCUGGGGUGAAAAAUCAUCCUACAGUUCAUGUGUCUUUGCUGAAAAAGUGCCAUGAAGUGCCCUCACAAAUCUCUUAUCCCCCAGUUGUUGAUUUGGCAAGCCCUUACUGCCCUGAUCCUGAGUUGAUUUUGCAAAGGAGGAUGAUCAAAAGAGGUAAUAAGGCUGUUGCACAGGUUCUAGUCAAAUGGCAAGGAUUGCCUGCUGAUGUUGCUACGUGGGAAAUUGCUACUAUUUUACAGACUAGAUUUCCAUUCUUUGAUCCUUGUGGGCAAGGAUCUUCUAUUGGAAGGGAGUAAUGAUACACGAUUAUUAGAAGAGCAGUUAGUUGGGAAAUUCAAAAGGUAGUUAAGGCAGUUAGUGGGAAUUCAAAAAGUAGUUAGUGUUAGUUAGAGUUUGUUACAAGAGUUAGUUGGAGUUGUUAGUUGGAAGAAUCUGUUAGAAAUCUAUUAGAAGCUCGAUCAUUUCAUACAAUGUAAUAGAUAUAAAUACAUUUGUAAUCAACAAGUUACAUAUGUGAAAAGAUAUACAAUUCCUA